UUCAAAAUUUUCCAAGUAUUUUUAGCUAGAAUUCUUCAAGCGCUUUCAAAGUAACCCCCUCCAAAGCCUUGAGAGAAUUAAAAAGAACAUACAGUUCUAACUUCUAAAAUAAGUGCAGGUGUUAAAUCUGAAACGAACGAUGGGGAAGCAACAAUCAAAAGAGAAGUUACUAUAUCAGCAAGUCAGAAUAGGGAAUAUCGUAAAGAUCAGAGCUCUUAGAGGGAAAGGUGUAGGACUUGAGUGGGUUGACAAACAAGGAGAUACUCCCUUAAUGGUUGCAUGCAUGUAUCCUAAACUUAUUCAUGUUGCCAGAACACUAAUUGAACUUGGCGCUGAUGUGAACGCCGCUCCCCCUAACUCUCGUGGGUAUACUCCUAUAUGUAACGCGGCAGUGAGAGGCCUUGACAAAACUGUUAACUUACUUCUUUCGCAUGGAGCAAUCGUCUCAACUCCGACCAAUUUUACAAUUUCUGCACUUGAUAUCGCAAGGAGAUGGUCGUUCGGCAAUGUUGUUCGUGUAAUUGAGAAUCAUACAUGCCUUUUCUCUGGAUUGCUCCGUGAAGUAUAUUACCCAAGAUAUCGUGAAGGAGUCGAUCCUCCAUGGUUAUCUGGACAAAUUUGGGCUGUGGUUAUCUAUGGCUGUCGUGAUAAGCUGGAGCUUCGUAUAUAUUAUAGUGCGCGGGUAAUACAAGGCAUAGCCAACUAACGCAGAAAUCAUAGUGAGUUUUGAUCAUUUAACCUUUCGGGAUGCCCAUCCUCGUGAAGUUAUUUCACUCUGGGAGGCCAAGAUUGAGGAGCCAAACUUUCAUCAUACGGAUCCUUCAUUAGUCAUUGUCCGCAAGUCCUCAAAGCAUAAAGUUUUCUCUGCAUCUGACGGGGACAAGCAACUACUUCGGUGGUUUUUCAGUGCAUGCAAGGGAAUUCCUCAGGUACAGGAAAUAGAUUUUCCACAACCAUAUAGUCACACUAUUCCAGUACCUCCAACAAAUGCACCACCAUUUACUUCAGAAUACGAAGACAUAGAAUUGGCUAUGGCACUAAGUGCCUCUUCUCAGUACACUGUGGAGGAAGCACGGCCGCAAUGUCCUGAUACCCAGAUCAGCUCGGGAGGAAGCACUUCAAUUAUCUAUCAGAGUUCAGUGUUUGAAGCUGGAUCAAGUUCUAGUAAUCCGUCCGAGAGUAGCCAACCUUCUAUUGUCUCAACAUCAAUAACCUUAGCAAUCCAAUCACCUCAAUCUAUUCCAGAAGGCACAGAAGAUGACCAGAUGAAUUCACUACCUAAACCAGCAAAAACUGGAUUAGCGAGCAAUGAUGUAGGUGGUACUAGUACUACCUCAUGUAUAAUAUGCUAUGAUGCUCCGCGCGAGGGGGCCUGUAUUCCUUGUGGUCACAUGGUUGGAUGUGUGUCUUGUUUGAAAGAAAUAAAAGCAAACAACUGGGGUUGCCCUGUUUGCCGUAACAAGAUAGACGGGGUGAUUAAGAUCUAUGGUGUUUGAAUAAGGACUG